UCCAGGGCGUGCCCGUGUCGUUUGCUGGUAAACGUCAUCAAAUCUGUUGAUCUGUUUGCAGGUUUGGCUUGUUGCUCCAUUGCCAUUCAUGCGAACUGCUGCUUUUAUUUAAGACAUCCCGCUUUGAAUAGUUUUUUUGUGUUACGUGUAUCCACUAUCAACGAAUCGUACAGCAUGGACUUUUCGGCGUUAUUGUCCUGUAUUCUGCUAAUAACGGCGAUGAUGGGUAUUUGUAAUGCCCACGAAUGUUACGUUUGUUCUAACCAGACCGGAAACACCGCAAAAUGCUUAAACACGGUUAAGAUUUGCGAGCAAGGCGAAGACGCCUGCCUUACCGAGAUCAGGUGGGGCAGCAUGCCGUACUUUUCGCUGGGCGCUCAAAAACAGUUCUACGUAUCGAAGCGUUGCGCUAAGAAGGAGAUAUGUCAGCGCAUCCGCACAAAGCACAUGCCGUACUGUACGCAUAUUUGGUACGAAGACUGGACCUGUUCGGCGUGCUGUUUAGGUGAUCGAUGUAAUUAUUAUGUCAUCAGCGACGCUCCGCAUUCGAUAUCGUUCUCGUUGAAGCUGUUUGCUGCGUCCUUAGUCACGCUCUUUGUCCGCAAUGUUUUGCAAACCUGAGCCAAAAUAGACCGGUAGAACGAAUAUAGUGGAGCGCGAGGGAUAACACAUGUGCCUUCAGCAAUAUAACGCCUGCUAAUGGGAAAUCUAUUUUAACAUUCACAACAUUUCUGCUUACACGAAUCCGUCCAAUGCCGAUGUAGUAUCAUAUCAACAGCAUUCAUGUAAAUCGCAGUAUUAGAUUAUGUGAAAUUUUAUGUUUAUAUUUGUAUUAUUUCGUACUCUUACCAUUCCAUCCAACGUUGAAUUAAUUAAAAAAGCAAUUAUGUAACAACAUAAAAUAUGAAAUCGAAACGAAUCUCGAAGCCACACCAGGUAGCGAACAGCUAGGUCUAAGUGUUCGAUAAGAGCUAAACUGAGAGUACAAUGUUUACACGAAAUCAAAAACUGUUUCCCUUUGUAGAUCCUUCUAUUUUGUUAGCUGUCUCUUAAUGUCGAAUGGUGGAACUUGGUUUGUCUCAUACUUUGAAUUUUUCCUUUAUUCCAUUUUAAGAUAAUAACUAGAUUUACAGAGAAGAAAAUAACCUCUUCUAUUUUAACUUUUUGACGCGAACGGUAGAUCGACGCCAUCAACAGAACUUGCUUAUUAAUAUGAACGAUACAAUCUCAAACAGAUUUUUUAUAUAAAGCAUGUAUUCAAAACACAAAUACACAACCUACGCAUAUUGCGAAGGCAAGAAGGUUUACAUAGUUUCAUGUCCUUGAAAACAGUCACGAUGUCAUAGCAACAGUUUACGUAGCACAAAAUGAAGUGUCACUUGCACCACCGAGUGAUGUCCAUAAAGGGUGGAUGCUGAACCAAGUGUCUUUAAUAAGAUAGAUUUUUUUUUAAUACAAAUCCGUGCUGCAAGAAAAAAGAACUUUGGCAGUAUCUUAUAAACUUAUAAAAACGGUCCGGUAAAUUAUAAAACGGUAAAUCUUAUAAACGGUCCUAAACACAAGUAAACACUACUGAUCAAUCGCCUAAGACCACCUACAAACUGGCUGUAGCAGCCGCUAGCUCAAUGAGCUAUACCGCUGCUUAGGAGUGCAGGGUCUAGCUAUUUUUUUCAAUUACUUCUUAUAGAACCGACCUUGACGCUGGACUUCGGUGCAUUAAAAUCAUUAAUCAUGAACGACACCGAGUCGAGCUAAAUGACGAUUUAGUAUCUGUUGUAUCCGUUUUCGGUCGGUCGUUAGCGAGCGGCAAAAUGUGGUGGUAGAGCGCCCACCGCUUUGCGGGUGUGAGUAGCAAUUAAAUGUAAAUAAAUACAAACAGAUAAAUCGUUUCACGAUCUUUGAACCGUUUUAUUUCGAUAUUCAUGACCUAGUCUGGUGGUUUAUGUAUGCAUCAUGCUCUAAAGUAGAUUACCUUGUUCGUGGAAGAGAGUGAGGUACGUAGUGACAAACGCUGACAACAUGUAAAUGAGCGCAAGAUCGUGAUUACAGUGUUAUACAUAAACAAGAAUGUUAUUUUGAUUUUCGUUGAAUUCGUGCGAAGCAGCAAAACAGCUUAGCCUAGCUUUCAUUGAGCAGUGCAUUUAUUCGUCUUUAAAUAGGUUUUAAAAGAAUUACAAUUACCAGCAAAAGUAAGCUCGCAGUUGGUAUAGCCUUCACAGGAACGCCUGUCGCUAAGCUAGAUUCGGUUAUCACAUUGACUUUCGAUCCAAUAAGCAAUGCUAGUGAACAGUGGCGAUAAUGUGGGGUAAACGAGGUGCUUGCGAACAAUGAUCUUAACCUUGUUUGAUUCACGGAAAUUCUCAUUGAAGAAAAUGGAUAUAGAGCGUCCAACGUCUCAAACACAUGCCAAUGCUGAUCGCUGUUUAA